AUGGGGCAGCCCGCCGCGGCCGAGGCGGCGUCGCUGCUCGACAACAAUGCCGCGCCGCCACCGCCACCGCAACGACCACCGAGGAAGGCCGUCGUCGCGGGUCUCGCGCUGCUCGCCGCCGUCGCCGCCGCCACGGCCCGCGCGACGCGCCCCGCGCCGCGGCUGGCGUCGAACGCCAUGGACAUCGCCGUCACGGGCCCCUACGGCGCGAACACGGCGGCGCAGUACCCGUUCCUCGCGAGCGGGCGCUACGACGCCCUCGUCGAGCCCCACGCGUCGACGGAGCUGCGCGUCGCCGGCGCGCCGCGGUCCGCGGCGGCCGCGGUCUGGACCUUCGGCGACGGCCGCGCCGCGCCCUCGGGCUUCGCCGUCAACGCGACGUUCCCCGCGCUCGGCGAGUACCGCGUCUCCGCGACGGCCUACGACGCCGACGGCCGCGCCGUCGCGGCGGCGACGGCGCUGCUGGUCUGCCGCUACGCGCGGCGGGAGAUCCGCCAGCUCACCGACGGCGACCGCAAUCGCUUCCUCGACGCCAUGCAGGUGCUCUGGAGCUGCCGCAACUGCAGCGACGCCUACGGGCCGGCCUACGUCGACAUCUACGCCCUGACGCGGCAGCACGCGGCCCUCGCCGGCGACAAGGCGUGCGACCACAUGCACGACGGCCUCGGGUUUUUGACGAUGCACCUGGGCCUGUCCCUCGCCUUCGAGCAGAGCAUCCAGGCCGUCGACGCCGCCGUGGCGCUGCCCUACUGGGACUACACGGUGGACCGCCACGACGCGGACCGCGGCGCGCGGCCGCUCGGCGGCUCGGCGAUGUGGCGGAGCGACUGGUUCGGGACCGCGGACCCGGCCGUCAACACCGUGGCGACGGGCCGCUGGGCCUUCGUCGCCGCGGAGCAGGGCGCCUGGGACGCGCCCGUGCACAACUCCUACGGCUUCCUGCGCGCGCCCUGGAACAACAACGACCGGCCCUGGGUCACGCGGUCCGACAGCUUGUGCGGCUACAAGUUCGAGGACACGCCGUCCUGCGCGGCCCACUUCGCGCUCCUCAACGGCACGGACUCCUGGUUCGACUUCGCCUGGCAGCUGCCCUACGCGCCCCACGGCUCCGUGCACCAGUACGUCGGCGGCACGCUCGACUGCAACGACACGGCGACGGAGCUUCUCGAGUUCCUCCGCGACGAGGUGAACCAGAAGAAGUACCCGGGCUUCGCGUCGACGUCGUCGGACCUCAUGUACCUGCUGCGCACGGACAUGUUCCUCGCGCUCAAGAACCUCUACCGCCUCGACCGCCUCGCGUUCCCCGCGUUCUGCUCGCCCGACGCGCCGUCGUCGGACUGCGCGUCGACGUGCGACUACCCGACGAACCUCAACCAGGCCCUCGCGCACAACAACACGGGCGCCGUCGAGGCCUUCUGGGGCGAGAUGAUGGCCUGGGACACGGCCAUCGCCGGGUCCCUCCAGACCAUCUCGAGCCGCUACGACUGGCUCUCGGAGGCGCUGAAAGUCAAGGUCAUGACGCACCUCUGCGACGCGGGCUUCGGCACCGACGGCGACCACCUCGAGGCCGCGAGCCCGCUCGACCCCUCGUUCUGGCCCGUGCACCCGACCAUCGAGCGCCUCUACCAGUACAAGCAGCUCAGCACGGGCUUUGCCAACGAGUCGUGGCCCGACGAAAACUACGCCGCGACCGCCGGCUGCUACGGCCACGCGCGGACCGACGUCGUGCCCUUCGCCUUCUCCCUCCUCGAGGGACGCGACGGCGCGCCGGCGGCCUACACGAACGAGGAGCUCCUCGCCCUCGCGUCGCCGCGCGAGCCGAACCUCCCCUACGUCUACGCGGACUUCGACUGGGCCCACUGCGCCCGCGCGGGCUACGACUUCGCGGCCCUCGCCGCCGCGCGGACCCGACGAUAA